GAGGGAAUCUGGAAUUUUUCUGUCCAAACAAAAUCUAACUCCAUCUUUCAUAUUGAAUCAAUAACUUUUACGUUUUUAUUAUCUACAUACACUUUAAAAGUUGGUCAUCACAACAGGCCCUGUAUUGUAGCUAUUUGUAUAGCAGAUUGCGAGUUUGAUUAACAUUAUCCCCCAUACGUUUACUCUGAGGCCUGCAUUGUAGCUACAUGCUAAACGUGUUAAGUGUCAGUAGUUUCUAGAGUUAAACGUCGCUUUCUUUCUCACUUCUUGACCAUUGAACGUACGUUUUAUAGUGUGUAUUUCGGUCGCGCUACUUGCAUCUUCUGUACGAUUUGUACAACCAAUGCCGUGGGGUUUAUUUUUAUAGUGACACUGGGCUAGUUUUUAACCAUUACAUGUUUGUUUUGUAGAAUGAAGACCAUUCUCAGCAGUCAGGUUGUGGAUAUCCCUGAUAAUGUGGAUAUUAAGUUGAGGGGCCGGACAGUGACUGUCAAAGGGCCCCGUGGGAAACUUGUCAGGGAGUUCAACCACAUAAACCUGGAGCUCUGUCUUCUGGGCAAGAAACAUAAGAAGCUGCGUGUGGAUAAAUGGUGGGGUAACAGAAAGGAACUGGCCACAGUCCGCACAAUCUGCAGUCAUGUCCAGAACAUGAUCAAGGGAGUCACUUUGGGUUUCCGCUACAAAAUGCGCUCUGUGUAUGCCCAUUUCCCCAUCAACGUUGUUAUCCAGGAGAAUGGAACAAUGGUGGAGAUCAGAAACUUUCUGGGAGAGAAGUACAUCCGCAGGGUUCGAAUGAGGGCUGGUGUGUUGUGCGCCACGUCUGCAGCCCAGAAGGAUGAGAUUGUGCUGGAGGGUAAUGAUAUCGAGCUGGUGUCAAAUUCAGCGGCUCUGAUCCAGCAAGCCACAACAGUAAAAAAUAAGGACAUCAGAAAAUUCUUGGAUGGUAUUUACGUUUCCGAGAAGGGAACUGUAGUGGAGCCUGAACAAUAAAGAACUGAGCAAAAAUGUUAUGUCAGCAAAACUGCAGUGAUUGAUUCCCAAUAAAUGCUCAAUAAAACCCACUUUUCCAUA